AUAGCUUUCUUGAUGAUGCGAUAUAAGCAGUACUCCAUUAUUUUUGUUUUGGCAUUUAUACUUUAUUUAAUAAUUGAGAUGGUAAAUGGUUUCUCAAAUUGUGCACUGACAGACAAACCCCUUUGGUCUCCAAACCUUACUCCCAAGCAGUCCAGCAUUUCUGCAACUGUGGAUUCACAAUCUUCAAUAUGUGCUGGGAGUCCAACGCCAACUAUAAUGCCAAAGAUGAAGGAAAGUCAAGUUAUGGGAGCUACAAGUGGGUCCUAUUCAGAUGAUGAUGACGUGGACGCUGAAGUGGGUCCCUGUGAACAAAGCACUGACCCAUUGGAUAUUAAACGCACCAGAAGGCAAGCCUCUAAUAGGGAGUCUGCAAGGCGUUCGAGAAGAAGAAAGCAAGCACAUUUAGCAGAUCUUGAAAAUCAGGUUGAUCAGUAUCGAGGUGAAAAUGAAUCAUUGUUCAAGCAGCUUGCAGAUGCUACUCAACAAUAUAAAGAUGCUUUGACUAAUAAUAGAGUGCUCAAAUCAGAUGUGGAAGCAUUAAGAGCCAAAGUGAAGUUGGCUGAGGACAUGGUGGCUAGAGGUUCACUAACGUCAACAAGUUUAAGUCAUCUUCUUCAAAAUUACUUGAACACUCCUCAACCACUUGGUACUAACAACAAUAAUUUGUGUCGACUCGAUAAUGUCUCUCCGACCAUCACUGUGCCCGGAGAAGACGCGUGGAGUGCAAUUUCCGGCCAGAAUCCGGUGAUCGGAGUCGAAAAUGUCAAUGCAUUUAACCGGAAUUUCAGGAAUGGUGGUGCCAUGAGUGAUACUGUUAGCUGUGUUUCUGAUGUAUGGUCCUGGGAAUCACAUGUCCCUUCUAUUUCAAAGUGAACUAAUUAUUAUGGUUUUAUGUUAUAUAAAUAUUAAUUAUUGUGGUAUGUAUGGUCACAGACAAUUAAUCAUAUGAUAUGGUUUCUAUUGUGUAUGUGAGACUUAUCAUAGUUGUAACUAUUUCAGGACUUUGGUAGUUAAUUUAAGCUACUUAUAUGUUUGAGUUUGCCAA